CUAGCGCCGUUUCAGCAUCAUCUCGAUGCGCACGCGUCUGAAUAGACCACGCACUUAUCACGUAUUAAUGAAUCGCUCAAGCAAUCCAUGUAGUGUUAACAGCGCAUUAAAAACCUUCUGAGCUUGCAGAUAGAGGAAUGUAAGUGAUGGUUAUAGAGCCUGAAAUGGACAAGUAGGAGUCGCAUGUUUCGAGUUGCUGUCGUUUUGUCCAUUAGGCGGCAGUAUGUAACUAUUCCGUGGUGAAAUGGUACAGAAGAAGAAGUGUAGUAAAAACGUGAAUUCUUCAUCAACACAAACCACACGCUUGGGAGUCAUGAGCUGCUUGUGGAUGGGAAACGUUGAUCCUUACAUGGAUGAAAAAUUUGUCACCCGUGCAUUUGCCACCAUGGGAGAGCUUGUGGUCAGUGUGAAAAUUGUUCGAAACAAAACGAACAGGUCUUCUGUUGGUUAUUGCUUUGUGGAGCUGGCAGAUGAAGCUUCUGCAGAGAGAUGUCUCCGAAAAGUAAACGGGAAACUUCUACCUAGAUCCAUGCCGCCCAGAAGAUUCAAGCUAAAAACAGCAACUACUGGGAAACAAGGAGAUAACAGACUUGCAGACGUGUGGUGUCGAUGUUAUUGUUGCAGAAACGAGAGUGGGUAUUAUGAUGGCUCUCAGCCAUAUACAUGUGACAACAGCCAGUACAGUGAUUUCAACUCCUCUCAGUCCUAUACAUCUUACCACAGUCAGUACUAUCAGCAAUGUCCUAACUACUACUCAAGCUGGGGAUAUGAUCAAAGUACGGGCCAGAGUUCAUAUAACUGCUAUCAGGCUUAUGAAGACACAAGUGUGGAUGAUGGGCUUGAAGAUCCCAGUUUAGGCUUGGAUGUGGUAGAAGCCAACAGACAGUUCAUGAAGGACAGCGAGGAGCUCUAUGAUGCCCUUAUAGACUGCCAUUGGCCUGCUUUUGAAUUUCCUGACUCUCCUGUAUACCCUUCUGACUCUCCUGAAUACCCUCCUGAAUACUCGUAGAAUGAAUAGAGAGACUGUGUCCUCUGGUGUGACAGAAGCCUAAUGUGGUCCCUUCAGAAGACCCUGAGGUGUGAGAAUGAAGCUGUUUUAUGCAGUCUCCUCAGAUAUGGGAGUGAGUUUAAACAGUAUAUCUGAAACAUAAGGAUAUAUCUUGGACUUUUGUGCAGUUCUUGAAAGGAUGCAAUCCACAGAAGCUGUUCUGUUUCAUUCUCUUUCAGGUUGUUUUAUUUUUUUUUUAAUGGACAAGCUGUAUGACCAGGUCACACUAAAUUAUUUUAACAUCUUGAAGUUCUUUUCUUUGCUAUGAAUCAAUCUCCUGGCACAGUCAGUUCAUGUGAGGUGCAGGGUUUGGUUGGGGUUAAUAAUAAUAAUAAUAAUAAUAAUAAUAAUGAACCUCCAUAUAUUGGUAUGGUGGUGAGUGCAUUAUUGUCAUGUUAGUGCAUUGUUGCUGGUGUUCACCCCAACUGUCUUUUGCACUGUCAUUAUUCCCAUUAUUGUAAACAGUAAGAACUGUUCUGUUCUAUUGGUGUUCCUAUUGAAAAUAUCUCAAAAGAAUGUUUUUUUUUUUUUUGUAAGUAAUAGAUUUUCAUCAUUGUGAUGAAGACUGCUCUGUCUGUUUUCUUCUCCAUUUUCCAUUUUUUUGUCCAUUUUCCUCUGCAGUAAAUAAUCACUUGUUUAUUCCCCACAGUUGAUUUAACUUGCAACGUGAUCAUUUAUCAUUAUGGUGAGCAGCUGAUUAACUGAAGACAUUGGUUUGGUGUCUGUCGGUGAUUUUAGAUAGCUAGCAAGUUUUUCUUCCUUUGAUGCUUAGAUCAUGCUGAUAUUCUAGCAGAAAUCAAACACCAUAAUCUACUCUUAUAUUCUAAGACUUGUUUUGAAACCUAUGUCUGUACAUAUAUUUUUUUAGAUGGGCAAGUGUAUGAUAAAGGUUUGCUAUUGAGAUUUUAUAUAAGCAAAAGUGGGUGAGUUUGAAGUGAAGGUCAGACAGAUAUGCUGCUGACUUGUUAAAAAAGAACAAAUUUCAAAUUGGGGUUUAUAAUGUAUAUUAUAUAUUUUAUAAUGUAUAUAUUUAAAUGGCUUCAAACCAGCAUAUCUCUGUUGUCCAGCUCUGGGAUAUUAUGAAAUUAUAAUUAUUAUGCUAAUAUGUGAUUGGAUAAUUUUCUUAUAAGUGAACCAGUCCAUGCAGGUUCUGCAUACGUUUUAUGAUAACUGACUUCGACUGGACAAUUGUUCUUUAUUACUGUGAGAAAAAGAAAAACAUCUUUUUACAUUUUCUCUUCCUGGAAGUCAUGCUAAAAGCUUAAAAACACACUAUUGUCACUGAUCAUUUGUAAAGAAUAUAAAAUGUGUGUGUAUGUGUGUGUGUAUAUAUAUAUAUAUAUAUAUAUACACACACACUAUAUUGCCAAAAGUAUUCGCUCACCUGCCUUGACUCGCAUAUGAACUUAAGUGACAUCCCAUUCCUAAUCCAUAGGGUUCAAUAUGACGUCGGUCCACCCUUUGCAGCUAUAACAGCUUCAACUCUUCUGGGAAGGCUGUCCACAAGGUUUAGGAGUGUGUUUAUGGGAAUUUCUGACCAUUCUUCCAGAAGCGCAUUUGUGAGGUCACACACUGAUGUUGGACGAGAAGGCCUGGCUCUCAGUCUCCGCUCUAAUUCAUCCCAAAGGUGUUCUAUCGGGUUGAGGUCAGGACUCUGUGCAGGCCAGUCAAGUUCCUCCACACCAGACUCUGUCAUCCAUGUCUUUAUGGACAUUGCUUUGUGCACUGGUGCACAGUCAUGUUGGAAGAGGAAGGGGCCAGCUCCAAACUGUUCCCACAAAGUUGGGAGCAUGGAAUCGUCCGAAAUGUCUUGGUAUGCUGAAGCAUUCAGAGUUCCUUUCACUGGAACUAAGGGGCCAAGCCCAGCUCCUGAAAAACAACCCCACACCAUAAUCCCCCCUCCACCAAACUUUACACUUGGCACAAUGCAGUCAGACAAGUACUGUUCUCCUGGCAACCGCCAAACCCAGACUCGUCCAUCAGAUUGCCAGAUGGAGAAGCGCGAUUCGUCACUCCAGAGAACGCGUCUCCACUGCUCUAGAGUCCAGUGGCGGCGUGCUUUACACCACUGCAUCUGACGCUUUGCAUUGCACUUGGUGAUGUAUGGCUUGGAUGCAGCUGCUUGGCCGUGGAAACCCAUUCCAUGAAGCUCUCUGCGCACUGUUCUUGAGCUAAUCUGAAGGCCACAUGAAGUUUGGAGGUCUGUAGCGAUUGACUCUGCAGAAAGUUGGCGACCUCUUCGCACUAUGCGCCUCAGCAUCCUCUGACCCCGCUCCGUCAGUUUACGUGGCCUACCACUUCGUGGCUGAGUUGCUGUCAUUCCCAAACACUUCCACGUUCUUAUAAUACAGCUGACAGUUGACUGUGGAAUAUUUAGGAGCGAGGAAAUUUCACGAAUGGAUUUGUUGCACAGGUGGCAUCCUAUCACAGUUCCACGCUGGAAUUCACUGAGCUCCUGAGAGCGACCCAUUCUUUCACAAAUGUUUGUAAAAACAGCCUGCAUGCCUAGGUGCUUGAUUUUAUACACCUGUGGCCAUGGAAGUGAUUGGAACACCUGAUUCUGAUUAUUUGGAUGGGUGAGCGAAUACUUUUGGCAAUAUAGUGUAUAUAUAAUAUAUAUAAUAUACAUACUGCAUGUAUAUAUACACCAGAUACUUUCUUUUGACUACCAAAACCAAAUGAUGUAUAAUAUUGAAAAUGUCUUGGUAUGUACUGACUCUCCUUUUGCAGCACCACACACAACAUGGAAUUUGGAUAAAAGUGCUAACAGCACAAUUACACAUUUCUCUAGUAGUUAAUCUUAAUUGGCUCUAGCUAGUCAGUUACCUUAGGCAUGCAAGGGGUAUUUGAAAAAGCAGUGUGUAUAUGUGAUGACUCACACAUUCCUCAGACAUGUGUUCAUGGUGAGCUUGGAAGUACUGUAAAUGUCUCAAAUUCAUCCACAUUUGUGACAGAUAUAAAAAGGAAAUGUCCCACAUUCCCAAUAUCUAUUCCAAAUAAUAGUUUGUUAGAUACUGUGGGAGUCAUUUUUAAGUCUAGAAUGUAUUUUUGGUUUGUGUUUGUACGAAAAGAUAAAAAUGAGAAGAACAUGAGUAGUAUCAGACACCACCUCUGUUUAUUGACCACCUCUGUUUAAUGGUUUAACAAUGUAAGGUUUAACACGGCAAGAGGGACAAGAGGUUUGGGUACGUUUCUUAACCCUGUAUAAGGACUGAACGGCCUGUGUAGAGUUAGUGACCGUUUUAGCAGCCUCAGUCUGGCAGGCCUUUUCAGAAGUGGAUGGAAUUUGGACUGCAGAAUUAACUUUGGCACGGCCAGAGUUGGAGAUGUGGUCGAGGCCGUCUUGUCCAGUCGUAGAAGUGUUGGUACCUCGAGAAGGCUGGAAUUUGGCCUUGAGAAAAAUUGUGUUGCAUUGAAAGACAUCAGGGGAGGAUUGGGUUAAAGCUAGGAGAAGAGAUACAUGAAAUAGCUGUAGAUAUGACAGUUUAAUAAAAAAUAGCCAUAAAUUUAGAAUUAAUUAACAGAAGGAAGAGAGUUGGCCCUGAGACUUACCCAUGUUGUCUUCCAUGCUCAAAUGAGCUGUUUGACAAAAGUAAGCUGGAAAAACCCCACUGAUAAGGCUAAAGGCACCCAUUUUUUUUAUAUGGUUGACCUUAAAAUUUGAUUAUAAUGGAAAUUGGAAGUGUUAAAAAGUAAAAGAUAAUGGUGUCCGGAAAAAGACCUAAAAUUCUAAAAAGAAAAACAGAGAACUAUGUAUUGGCAUGAUUAGGGAUGUUCAUUAGGGCAGGUCAAUUCUUGUAAACAGUGCUGUUUGCAAUAAACUUUGUAUCUGCAUUCAUCCAGUCUGCAUGAUUCAUCUACUUCGGUUCGAGUCUUGUUCAGCUGAGCUAGUCAAGUCAACGUGGAGUUGGAGUCAGAAAUAGCAAAGUGUUCGAGGAUUAGCAUUAUAUAAAAUAUUAACAUUAGAUAAAAUAUUUUUCCACAUUGUUUUGGUGACCCAGAGGUGAUUUGGAACACAGCACAGCGGAGCCCUGGGCCUGGGACCUGUGGUCGAGGCUGCCACCAAUGGACCAGACACCUUUCACCUUUGUCCUAGAUGGCCAGGUGUCUGAUACUACUCGUUUGAUGUCUCAUUUUUAUCUUUUCAUACAAACACAAACCAAAAAUACUUUCAAAUACAUUCUAGAUAUUUUAGGCUUGAAAAUUACUCCCACAGCAAAUAACCUGGAGCUAAGGUACUGGCAGCUACUCUGCUGACAUCCUGCUUUGUGAAAUACAAUUCAGUCGGACAACAGAAGUAUUUAGAAUCUAUUUUGCCAAUUUUUACUUACUGCUUAACAGAUAUUUGAGUGGUUUUGGACAUGUAAUUUUAGUAAUUAAGCUGUGUGAAUUAAUCCACAUUCAUCAAUGUAUUCAUGCCUUUAGACUUAAGUGAAAGAUUUCUGGCCUUUUAUU